UCGAGUCGAGCAUGCGGCAAGCGAAGGUUGCUCCGUACAAGUCAGCCAGAAACAUGCUCGCCUUGUGACAAUCUCUCCAAGAGACACAAACUAGUCGUGUGCGCGCGCGUUUCGCUUGAAAGCAACCCACCGUUGAUAACAAGUGUGCCUCCGUGUGCAGUUCUACGAUUGCAGUUUGCGCGUGUAACGACGACGACGAUCAGUGAUACAAAGUGCGAGAGAGAGAGAGAGCCAUGGCUCGAGUUUCGUUCACGUGAUACUGGACGCGUGGAACAACUUCAAGAUUCUCUCACGAUCGCGAGAGUGAAGAGGCGCCGCAACACGGCAUCAUGGCUCGAUGCUUGUUGCUGCUGUCAGCGUUGUGCUGCCUGGCGGCAGCGUCGCGGGCGCGAGCCUCGUGUCACUGGUCCACCGAGGGCAACGAGACACGCUCGGCAGUGUGCGGCCUGCGGACUCUCGACCCGACGGCCAUGGCCGCGCUCGCACCGUCGCUCGACGGUGCCCUCAAGUUGCGCCUGGGCUGCAGCAGCGUGCACCACUUCGAGAGCACGCUCAGCGGCGAGAGCUGGCACCGCAUGAGCGGCCUGCACGAGCUCAGCAUCGAGGGCUGCAAGCUGCUCAGGAUGCCCGACGCGGCGUUCCAGCCGCUGCUCGAGCUCAAGCGGCUCACCGUGCAGACGUUCAACGUCGAGUGGGGACUGAGCAGGCGGCUCGAGGUCGCGCCCGAGGCCUUCGCCGGGCUGCGCGAGCUGCAGGCCCUCGAGAUAAUGGACAGUAAUCUGAAGGCGCUUCCCGCCAAUGCCCUCUGCGGCCUCGGCAAUCUGCUGGUGCUCAACCUCACGGGCAACCAGUUCUCCAACAUUAGCGAGCUGGGCUUCGUGCAGGACGAGCGCGCCUCGCGCGACGACUGCCACACGGACAUCCGAGCGCUGGACUUGUCGCGCAACGAGCUGCGCAGCCUGCCCGAGGACAGCUCGCUCGCCUCGCUCAGGCAGCUGCAGGAGCUGCUGCUGCAGCACAACUUCGUCGACGACAUCAGCAGCGAGGCGCUCACCGGCCUCACCAGUCUGCGCGUCUUCAACGUCAGCUACAACAAUUUGAGCAACCUGCCGAGCUCGCUGUUCGCGAGCACGCGCGACCUGCGCGAGAUCCACCUGCAGUACAAUCAGCUGCGCGAGCUGCCGCGCGGCACCUUCACGCGCCUCGAGCAGCUGCUCGUGCUGAAUCUCGCGGGCAAUCGUCUGGGCAGCGACUUCGUGAACGAGACCACGUUCGUCGGGCUCAUUCGGCUGAUCGUGCUGGACCUGUCGUUCAACUCGCUCACUCACAUCAGCGAGCUCAUGUUCAAGGACUUGUUCUUCCUGCAGAUCCUCGAUCUGAGGAACAACUCGAUCGGCCACAUCGAGAGCAACGCGUUCAGGCCGCUCUACAAUCUGCACACGCUCGAGCUGUCGGAGAACCGUCUGCACGCUAUCGGGCCGCAGCUCUUCAACGGCCUGUUCGUGCUCAACCGAUUGACUCUGUCGGGCAACAUGGUGUCGAGCAUCGAUCCCCUGGCCUUCCGUAACUGCUCGGAUCUGAAGGAGCUGGAUCUCAGUGGCAACGAGCUGAGCAGCGUGCCCGAGGCUCUGCGCAACCUCGCCUUCCUCAAAACCCUCGAUCUCGGCGAGAAUAAGAUCAGCGAGUUCCACAACGGCUCCUUUCACAAUCUGCAUCAGCUCACCGGGCUGCGGCUUAUCGGCAACGAGAUUGGCAAUCUCACGCAGGGCAUGCUCUGGGACCUGCCCAACCUGCAGAUCCUGAACCUGGCGAAGAACAAGGUGCAGCACAUCGAGAUCGAGACCUUCGAGCGCAACACUCGCCUCGAGGCCAUCAGGCUCGACGGCAACUUCCUAUCCGACAUCAACGGCAUCUUCGCCAGUAUCACCAGUCUGUUGCUGCUCAAUCUGUCCGAGAACCACAUCGAGUGGUUCGACUACGCUUUCAUACCGAGCAACCUCAAGUGGCUCGACAUCCACGGCAACUUCAUCGAGAAACUCGGCAAUUACUACAAGAUCCGCGAUCAGAAGGUGCGGACCCUCGACGCCAGCCACAACCGCAUCACCGAGCUCGCGCCGCUGUCCAUUCCCGACAGCGUCGAGCUGUUGUUCAUCAACAACAACUACAUCAACAGCGUGCGGCCCAACACGUUCACGGGCAAGGUCAACUUGACUCGCGUCGACAUGUACGCCAACAUGAUCGAGACCAUGGAGCUGACCUCGCUGCGGCUCACGCCCGUGCCGGAGAACAAGAUGUUGCCCGAGUUCUACAUCGGCGGCAAUCCCUUCAACUGCAAUUGCUCGAUGGACUGGCUGCCGGUGAUCAAUAACAUGAGCGCGCUGCGCCAGCAUCCGCGAGUGAUGGAUCUCGACAACGCGAUGUGCCGCGUGUCCGGACCCCGCGGCACCGCCAUCGUGCCCGCCUCCGUAGCCAGGCCCGAGCAGUUCCUCUGCCGCUACGAGGCCCACUGUUUCGCCCUCUGUCACUGCUGUGACUUCGACGCCUGCGACUGCGAGAUGACCUGCCCGUCCGACUGCAAGUGCUACCACGAUCAGACCUGGAACACCAAUGUGGUCGACUGCUCGGGCCUCGGCAGUCGCGACAUCCCCCGGCGCAUCCCCAUGGACGCCACGGAAGUCUACCUCGACGGCAACGACCUGCGCGAGCUGCAGAAUCACGUGUUCAUCGGACGCAAGAACAUGCGUGUGCUUUACGUAAACGGCAGUGGUAUCGAGUCCAUUCAAAAUCGCACCUUCAACGGCCUCAACAACCUGCAGAUCCUCCAUCUCGAGGACAAUCGCAUCCACGAGCUGAAGGGCUUUGAGUUCGAGCACCUCGCCCAUCUGCGGGAGCUCUAUCUGCAGAACAACCUCAUCAGCUACAUUGGCAAUCUCACGCUGCUGCCGCUACGCUCGCUCGAGAUCCUGCGACUGCACGGCAACCGACUGGUCACCUUCCCCGUGUGGCACGUCAGCCUCAACAGUCGCCUCGCCGAACUGUCGCUAGGCGGCAACCCGUGGUCUUGCCGCUGCAAGUUCCUGCAGGAGCUGACCUCUUGGGUGUCGGACAACGCGCACAAGGUCGUCGACGCCAGCGAGGUGUGGUGCUACAACAACGAGGCGCGCCCGGCCUACAGGCGCAAGCUCAACAUCAACGAGACCGCCUGCUCGGACUACUUCGCCCAGGGUGGCGUGAUCGAGAGCAUCAUGGUGUCCGACUACUUGCCCAUGGUCGCCGCCACCCUGUCGGCCAUCCUGCUGCUGUUGGUGCUCGCCGUGCUGGCCUUCAUCUUCCGCGAGCCAGUGCGCACGUGGGCCUACUCGCGCUACGGGGUGCGAUUUUGGGCCAAGGCCGCCGUGCCCGAGGACAAGGAGCGGCUGUACGACGGCUACGUCUGCUACAGCCCCAAGGACGAAGACUUCGUGAUGCACACUCUCGCCGCCGAGCUGGAGCACGGGGUGGGAGUCCGGUUGUGCCUGCACCAUCGGGACCUGCCGUGCAUAAGAGUGGCCGCGCCGGUGGUGCUGGAGGCAGCAGAGGCGUCCAAGCGCGUGCUCAUCGUGCUGACGCGCAACUUCCUGCAGACCGAGUGGGCGCGGUUCGAGUUCCGAGCAGCUUUGCACGAGGCGCUGCGCGGCCGGCCCGGGCAGCUGAUCGUCGUGCAAGCCGGGCCCCUCGGGCCCGAGAUCGAGACCGACCUCGAGCUCAGGCCCUACCUGCGUACCGCGGUCAUCGUGCGCUGGGGCGAGAAGAGCUUUUGGGAGCGGCUGAGGUACGCCAUGCCGCCCGGUGACGCACUCAGGCGCAAGUCGUCCUCGCUCUACCGGCGGAACGUCAACACCUACACGCUCGAGGGCCGCCCCGAGAAAGGCACCUCGAGCCUGCGAGUCGCCGAGCACAUCGCCGCUGGCCACCAUCCGCUGUUCAAGGACUCGGCCGACUUCAUGCAGGCGCCACCUGCCUACUCGAGCACCGCAACCUUGGGCCACCAUCACAACGCAAGAAUCGUCUCCGAAGCGACACCGGCUGUCCAUGGCCGCGACACUCCGGCCAGCGCCACCAGCCCGAGUCCGAGGCUGACGAUGAACCGAGCUUACCAGGAGCCAUCGAUGGACGGUCCUAACGAUGCGGCCAGACGACCACUCUCCGAGCACAUCUACUCGUCCAUCGACUCGGACUACUCGACUCUCGAGAGGAAUGCCUGGAGGCAGCAGCAGCAGCAGCAGCAGCAGCAACACCAACAACAGCAUCAUCAUCAUCAUCACCAGGCGGGCAACAACGCGCAGUCCGGUCAGGCUUACCUCGUCUAGUGUGAGCGCAGUGCGCCGCGCCCGAGAUAAACCGUUACAUGCAGCGCACGAGAGAAAGAGAGCCGGUUUUAACGAUCUCUCUCUCUGUCUGUCUCCCCCCCCCCCGCCCCCUCCCCGUUCUCUCUCUCUCUCUCUCCUGCUCUCUUACUCUCUUGCUUGUGUACGUGCUAGCUGCUGAGCAGCUCUCUUGCUUGCUCGCUCGCCGAUAUCUGAUUCCGCGAUUGUUCUACGCCUGUACGGACACUUGGGGGAAAAUUCACGCUCGUUCUAUGUACACGACGUUCGCCAUGGCUCUGUUGUUCUGUUCUGUUUCGAUGCGUUCCUUGCGUUUGCUUUUUGUAUUAUAGGUCCAACAAGUAUGAAAAAAGACUCCUUUUUUCUUGUCCUUUGUAUAGUCUGUAAAGUAAGGUUUAUUUUCCUUCUAGAUUAUAAGUCUUGGUCGCGAAUGGCAGUGAUUUGAAUUUGAAAGGUCACGAGACGUACAUAUGAACUUGCAAGUGCGCGUGCGAACGUCGUGAAAAAAAGAAAAAAUGAUAAGGGAAGAGAAAGAAAAGAAAUGCAUAUUAAUACUGAUUUUCUUUAUUUCUCGUUUACACUUUGUAUAUUUCGACUCUGUGAACUGCCGAUGGCCUACCUCGCCAAAAUGACUAGCGUGCGCGAAUGAAUGUGCGGGAGAAAACGAGAUUUUACUUAAAAAAUAAAAACGAAACACAUGCUUAAACGACGAAAUGUGCCGAAUGACGAGACCUCGUUCGGUCUACGUAGGCACGUUGUACGGCUCUGUACAUAUUAUACUUAUUUAAAGAAAGAAACAGAACGAAUAAGUAAGAGAUGCGCGCCAAAUUGAGUGAAUGAUGUAUUUUAAUGUGAUGCAAGAGUCAUGAAAUCGAUUAAAAAUAAUAAAAAGCCUGCUUCUGGAAAAAGAGUCUUAGAUAGGCAAUUUUUUAUAAUUUUAUAUUGACUGCUAAAUGAGAAGGCUGUUGUACGAUAUGUAAAUAUGUAUACUUUUAAAAGCGAUUAAUCUCUUCGCCUCGUGUAAGAUAUAUUCUCGAUCCUUAUAUAGGUUUUUCUUUCGAAUCUUAUUUUUUUUCUCCAGAACAAAAAAAAAAUGUAUAAGAGAAAGAGCGAAAAACGCAAAUGGAAAUUUAUCGUAUCCGUGCGCGCGAUCACGCAACGUAUACGUGCAUUGCGUGUAUAUAUAUGUGCACACACGCGACUGUGUAUAUAUUAUACAUAUAUAUACGUACAUAAUAUUUGCUAAACUCCAAUU